CCCCCCACUGUCCGACUCGAGUUUCCGGCGCAGUCUCAACUAUUAUUAUUUUUCUUCUUCCAUGAAUUGGAUACCGAUAAUAAUAUAAACAGAUAUUAGUAUUGUUAAUUUUAAUAACAAAUCGUCGCGCGUGCUCUUUAAAGAGGAGAACCGACGACGUCACGUCCGCUCGGUGACUUUGCGCCUGGGCCGCCGCGAUGUUGCAGUUCGUGGUGGGGUUCGCCUUUGGAAAUCUUGUGGGAAUGUACCUUGCCCAGAAUUAUGAGGUGCCCGAUGUGGCGAAAAAGGUGGACGAGUGGAGAAAGUCCUACGAGCCCAAGAAGAAGAACGAUGACGACAGAAAGCAAUAGCCCUUGCUGCAGACUCGCGUUGUGCUGUGGAUUUGCUGUUAAUGCCACCACUUGAAGUGGAACUGUAAUCAAAUCGGAGGCACUGCCAGGCCAAGAUGUUAUCCACGCACGGUGGCAUCCACUCAACGAGCGUGAAAUAUUGCUUGUCCAAAAGAAUGUCCAAAAUAUUUGUUGGGAUGUCACGGUACACAGGCCCUGCUGACUGUAUACAUUUCCGCUUUGAAACGUAAUGCUUAAUUGGAUUUAAACCGGAAGGUGACUGGGAAAAAGUGCACAGCUGGGUGAUAUUUUUUGUUUCUGAACACAAAUGUUUUACCGCUGAACUUUGGGCUUGUUGCAAAAACCAAUGUCUGCCAUGUUUGUGGUAAACCGUUGCAAGAUUCGAAUGCAUUAUGCGCCAUUUUGGCAAAUGACGGGUAAUAAAAAUUUACCCCUGUUGAUGUCUUCACAUAUAAACAAUAUUUUUUUUGUCCAUCAGUCUCGAGGCUUUCUGGACCAAUAUUUUCCUUAACGCUGGUGAUUUAUUUCAUGCUUAAGCAUGAACUAAUGAUAUUGUAAUGAAAUAAAAUUUCUUAUAGCAGUCAAA